AAGGGGAAGAAAGACAAAGCGCAAGGCGGCGUCCACUUCUCUUCGCGUUCCGUGUUGCAACUCCGGCGACUCCACCACCACCCGAGACCCGAGCAGCCUGUCUACUCCGGCCACCGCGAUGUCGAGGCGCGGCGACUGGGUCUACGAGAACAACGGCGGGACGUGCGUGGCCAUCGCCGGCGCCGACUACUGCGUCGUGGCGGCCGACACCCGUCUCUCGGUCGGAUACAGCAUUCUCACGCGCGAUCACUCCAAGAUCUGCGACUUGGCUGACAAAUGUGUACUAGCAUCCUCUGGCUUUCAAGGUGAUAUUAAGGCUCUGCACAAGAACCUAGCUGCCAGAGAAUUGUUGUACCAACACCAGCACAACAAAAGGAUGAGCUGUCCUGCUAUGGCACAGCUGCUCUCCAAUACCCUGUACUACAAGCGGUUCUUCCCGUAUUAUGCCUUCAAUGUGCUUGGUGGGCUUGACAGUGAAGGGAAAGGAUGUGUUUUCACCUAUGAUGCUGUUGGUUCCUAUGAGAGGACCGGUUACAGUGCUCAGGGGACAGGAUCUAGUUUGAUCAUGCCAGUCUUGGACAAUCAACUUAAGUCACCAAGCCCUCUAUUACUCCCGGCCAGAGAUGCUGUAACACCUUUGUCGGAGUCGGAAGCCGUUGAUCUUGUUAAGGAUGUGUUUGCAUCUGCAACUGAGAGAGACAUCUACACUGGAGACAAGUUGGAGAUCGUAGUCAUUAACAAAGCCGGGACAAAGCGUGAGUACAUCGACCUGAGGAAGGACUAAGCUGACGCUUCAGCUGUGCCGGGGCUGCCUUAUGCCUCCAACGUGUUCCCUAGUCUGGGGAUUUAUGUCUAAAGCUGCUGUUGUUUCAUAGAAAGACUCGUUUGCUUGCAUCUGGCUGUACCAGGAUUCAGUGAGUUUUUUUUUUGUUGGAACAAAUUGCUUGGAUACUGAAGAGAUAUUCAUUGGCAAGGCUACAUGGUUUGAGAGCCCUACA